CGAUUGUGAUGUUGCACUACGUCACAUAAAACGGUAUUUUUAGCUGAGAUUUCAAAGAACACAAAGAAAAUAAAGGAAGUAAAUUCAAGCAAUGGGUAUUUCCAUGUGUAAAAAUAAAGACCGUCCUCCUAAGACUCUUAGUCGUCAGUCUGAACGCUCGGAUCCAAACUACGGAGUCCUAUUGGCAAUUAACCGCAGGAAAGAACCAUCUCCUGGGGCGUCGAACCAAACCACCCAAAAUAAAGAAAAAGCUAAGAUAUCCAUCGCCAGUCUGUACGAAAAAAGAUACACACCAGCAUUCAGCGGAAUGACUGCAGCAUACAGUGAUUUGCUAAAACAGAAACCACCUCCGAGAGCGCCAACUAAAAUUGAUGUUGACUUCGUCUUCAAAGUAAGAGAAGAUGCCCUAAACAUAAAUCCUUUUGCUGAGGUUGACGGUUCAUCGCGCGUCAAGGAGCGCAGGAUCAGUAUCAUGGAUAACGAUCCCGAUUUGUUGAAUAUCUGCCGGAUUUUCCGGAAAGGAAAGCGCGCUGGAAAGGGUUUAACUGUUGGGAUUGAAAGUCAAAGUAAUUAAAGACGGGUUUAAGUGCCUUAUUCCUUCUUAGUAUGGUUUGUCGUGGAAGAUAAUAAAUACACAACAAUUA